CUCGCAGACCAUAUUUUAGUGUAGAAGUGACUAGAUCAAGUGAUUUCUGUUAAAACGGCUCUAGCAAUGGGUUGGACAAGACCGGAAGAACCUGCCUUUCCUACCGUUUGGUACACCUUCCAAGCCAAGGACGUUGAUAGCGACCAGCUGGUAACGUACCGUGUCGAGGAUUUAACGGAGGACCGUUACGAUGACAUGAUCAAUCAUUUUAUGGAAAAUUUCCUGGACGAUGAACCGCUCUGUCAGAACAAACAGUUGUCGCAGGACGAACUUUCGCUGGCGGAAAUCAUUGGCUUUUGGCAAUGGUGUUUUAAUGAAAAGACGACCAUCGUCUGCUAUAAGGAAGGAUCGGACGAGAUUGUUGGAGCGAACUUGCUUCAUGUCAAAUGCGGUGAGAAGUUGGCGGAUUUAGAAUUGAAAAGCGAACAAAUGCGGGAUUUGAUAAAGACAAAUGAGUACAUGACGGAUCAGUUCAACAUUGGCGAACGGUACGGCGUCGAUCGAUAUCUGACCGCGUAUGGUUUGGCCAUCAACCGACGAUACCGGGGACGGGGCAUUGCUACGGCGAUGCUGAAAGCUCGCGUUCCCUUAUGUCGGGCAUUCGGACUUAAGCUGACGUCGACUAAUUUCACCGCAAUCGGGUCGCAGCUUGCGGCAGCAAAAGCGGGUUUUGAGACCAACUUAGAAGUCACGUAUGACGAUUUUGCUAAAAUGGGACCGCGAUAUUCAUUCCCUGGAAUUCAAUCGAAAAGCUUGAAACUAAUGAGCUUAAAAAUCGAAUAAAGAUAUGGAAUUAUGUUUUA